UGCUGGGGGGAGUGCAGGAGCGUGGAUCGAACGCAGUAAGGGCGAAUAGCGGGUUGCAAGGGGUUUGCAACCCGUCGGAGCAACAUGGCUUUUUCGGAGCGCCUGAGCAUAUGUUGUUCUCUGAUUGUGCCCUCCAUGCAGGCAAGGAGGAGGAGGACGGGGAGGGCGCAGAGGAAGGUGACGAGUACGAGGAGGAGCAGGAGUACGACGACGAAGAUUUUGAGGACCCCGAUGAGCGGCCGCAAGUCAUCCCAGACCCGUUUGGGGACCUCUUCACGGGAAAUGGCGAGGAGCUGCUACAGCAACGAAGCGCCCGGCGGUCCCGGCGGUAGCAGGGAUCACGCCGGAGGACUCAGGGAUUAAAGAGGAGGGGCGCGGGCGGCAGCUUUGGUAGCGGCCAUGGCACUGGAGGGACAGGCAUGUGGGCUAGAAGUUGGUGAUGUUGCUAUAUGCCGAGUGGUCAUCAGGGAUGAUGGCUAUGCGAGGCACUGGCAUGGUAUAAGAUGAGAAUGGAUGCCGCGUAAUGCUGCGUGCCUUAGCGGAUGGGCGACGUACGUGUCGGGGAGCCUUUGGCCAUUGUAGGGAAACCGAGAGUUGAGUCAAACCGAUGAGCUGUCUUUUGUUCGUACUAAUACUGUCGAGGCUGUUCACUGCACGGCUUAUGCCGCUACGUCGUGCCCCUCGUGCGCAUCUACCGGUACGGCAAUUUUGUGUCCCAGUCCCCAGGAUGUGUAAUGUGCAACGGAAUGUAAGUUUGGCUUCACAUAUGCAUUUCAAUAUUGAAUUGUAUGUGAUCCCUAGCAUUACGGAAGAGGUGCUUGGUAAACCUUGUCGCCAACUUUCUACACGUCUUCACGGAGAUUAUUCAGCCCAACAUGUCUAAAUACGCAACGCUCGCCAUACUAAUGGAAAACACGUUAAAGCGUAGCACAGGUCAAUUAUCUAGUUAACUAUGUUCGCUUAAUUGGCAGUGGUUGGAGCUGGGCUUGUCAACGGCGGCUUCGCAUGCCUCCUUGCUUUGGAGGGCGAAUAGGAGCCUAUAAGCUUGCAGCAUGGCGAAUCGGGACCUAGUCAACCGCUCUUUUGAACUGAAGCCCGUUCCCGAGUAUGACAAGCUGUCCAACUCGGCCUUGCCGGCCCAGCUUGGAAAGAGCCAGCCAUCCCGAACUGCUGGUUCGGUAACAUUAGCUCGCGAUGGCGGAGAUGGAAACGGAGGCGGACAGGGCGCCGGCGCGUCUCGCUUAGGCCGACAGGGGCUUCCCAUCGGGCGAGCCAGCAUCGUGUUAAAGCAGACGGGGCGUCAGCUCAUUGAUUUGGGUCGGCUGCAAGCCAACUGGCUGAAAGACACGCUGGGGAAGAAGUCGGAUGCGCAGGACUACGUGAGUGAAGAGGACCAGGGCAUUGUGGCGCUGCUGGCUCGUCACGUGGACGUGUCGCACAACGCCUGGCAGCAGCUGAUGAGUGCACUAGGCACCUGGGACGGACAGUUCUUCCAGAGCGGCUACGGCCCAGCUCCGGAGCCCCACCGCGGCGCCGUGCAGCACGGGGAGCAGCCGGACGCGGCGGAGGCGGGGCAGGCGGCGCAGCAUUCGGGACCCCCCGUGCGCAAGUCGGUGUUCGGGCUCAAAGUGAUCCACCCGUACAACCUCUUUGCGGUACUGUGGACUGUGCUGAUCCUGCUGCUGGACCUCUUCUACACCGCCUUCUGGGUGCCCAUCAACGUCGCCUUCUGUACGGCGGAGUACGGCCAGCUGUCCUCGGGCUGUACGAGCAGCGAGUUCGUGGGCGGGAUGUUGUACUUCAUUAACGCGCUGGUUGGCUUCCAGAUUGGCGUGGUCGCUACUCACGGCUUCCGCAAACGUACCGUAGUGGACGGUCGUUUGGUCGCCUGGCUGUAUGCUUGGUACGGCAGGUUCUGGCUGGACUUCGUGGGUUCCGUACCGUUUAUCGUACUUGUGAUCUUGAUCGCCGCUCGCGGUCACAUCCACGUCGGCAAGAGCUGGGUGAACUGUUUGUCGCUGCUGCGGCUGCUGCGGCUGGUUCGGCUGGUCAGCAUCUCACGGGUGGUGUACAUGGACGCUCUGUCGGGUUCCUUCCAGGACAGUGCGGUGGGGCGCUACCUGUCCGUCACCGUCAUCCAUUCCGUCUUCCUGGCCUACCAGCUGGCGGUGGUGAUCAACCUGCUGGCGUGCGGCAUGGUGCUGUGCGCGUACUUCGAGGGUUACGACAAGAGCUGGAUGGCGGCGGUGGACUGGGCGGGUGUGCCUACCGCGCACCCGCUCUACCAGUGGUACUGCGCGGUGUACUGGAUGAUAGUCACGGCCACCACCACCGGCUUCGGCGACUUCCAGCCGCGUAGCAUCGCUGAGCAGGUGGUGGCCAACGUGGGUAUGGUGGGCGGCAUGAUCCUGUUCGGAGUGCUGGUGGCGUCCAUCGGUAAUGCGCUGUCCAGGGCGACAGCGGAGGCGCACCAGGCCUACACCGCGCGGCGCAGGAUCAUGCACGUGUUGGAGUGGGCGGAGGGACGCAACCUGGCGCCGGACAUUCGGAAACAGGUGCUGAACUUCUACUCCGACAAGUACGGCCGCAAGGAGGAGGAGGUGCUGGACGAGCAGGUGAUGUCGCACCUGCCCAGCCGCCUGCGCGCCAAGGUGGCUCGGGCCAUGUGUCUGCCGCUCAUUGCGGAUGUGCACAUACUGCUGGAGCUGCCGCAGGACCUGCAGGCGUUGAUCGCUGAGAACAUGCGGCCGCAGCGGCUGCCGGCGGGUGAGGACCUGUGUCAGCAGGGCGACGUGGCGGACUGCCUGUGGAUCCUGCAGGAGGGAACCAUCGAGGCCGUGAGAUACAGGGAGGGCUCCCAGGCGGUGGAGGCGGACGAGCGGCCCCGGCUGCUGGGCGAGAGUGUGCUUCUGGGGGAUUCGGUGGAGGCCUGCAGAGUGCGCCCCUGGACGCUGCGCACCGUGACCCCCUGCCGGCUGUGGGGCAUCACGGUGGCCGACCUGUACCCCAUCAUGCGCCUCUACCCCACCCUGGGGCUCAUGGCGGCAGAGUACGUCAAGAUAAAGACGGUCUACAGCUACAAUGGCUUUGCCACGGACGACGACUGGUGUGAGCUGGUGGCAAUCAUGGUGCGGCAGCUGCAGGAGCGCAUGUCGGUGGAGGAGGCGCAGGGCAUCGUGCAGAACAUGGUCAAGGCCUCUGCGGAGGAGGGCAGUCUGCAGCCCCUGUUGGAUCACCUGCUGGGCAUUUGCACCACACGACGGGGAGGCGUGCAGGAGGAAGAAAGAGACGCCCUGGCGACGGCUCCAUCGGGCCGCUCUGCCAUGCUGAGUCCGCAAGGCUCGCUGCUAGCGCCCGGCGCAUCAACGGCGUUUUCGACACUGCUGCCGGGGUCUGGGGGGAGGCUGGGAGCGGGUGCCCCGUUUCCGUUCGAAUCAGCGGAAUCCGCGCUGUCACCGUUCACUGCGACGGGUGCCGAAGGAGGCGGACCGCCGGCGGGCGCUGCCGUACCCUGGGUCGCCGCCCCCGCCGGUGCCGUACAGUGUUCGGGUUGCCAGCGUUGCGUGUGUCCGAGCUGCGGGCAGGGCAUAGACGCCACACAGCCCGCAGGAGCGGGCCCGGUAGUGGGGGCUGCACCGUUUGGCCGAGAUCGGGCGUCAGCGGUGGCCGCAGCGGCGUAUGCGGCAGCGCUGGCGAAGCAGGGUGUGAACAGCCGGCCCACCGCGGGGCCUGCGAUUCGGUCGUGGGUGAACCGCGCGGGCACCUUGCGGCGGCAGAGCAUCGGCCCGCGUCCAGACCAGAUGUGGGUGGGGGAGCGGAGGUCCCGAGACACGAGGCAGCUGGGAGCCAUGUCCAUUGUGCCCACGUAUGAUUAGCUGGAGCGAGGUUUUGGAACAGACAGACAGGCAGAGAGAGAGUCGCGAGUCGGAACGUACUGUGAGUGUCGGAAGAAUGCGUGUGUGUGUGUAGUUGAAAGCGGGGGACAGUCCCGGAGGACGAGAACAGCGACAGUUUUGUGUCAUUCGUAGACGUUGGAUGACACAAAUCGUCUGACCGGGACUUUUACUGGUAGCGAGUUGUCCUGCGGUUGCCUGGUGCGUGUGCCCUGGGGUCAUGCGGCAUGGCACACAGUGGCAAUGGCGGUUGUGACAGUGAUGGUGGCAGUAGUGGUGGCAGUAGUGGUGAUGGUUAAUAGGAAACAACUGACUGGUGGUGGUGGUGGCGGUGGUGGUGGUGGUGGAGCAGCAGGGGUCUCGUGCAGCAGCGUCGAUGUUUCCCGACCCGUCGCGGACCUUCGUGAUACCGAUUGGAAUAUGCCAAUGCCACGCAGUCAGGAGGGGUGUGCGGUACACGAGGGGGCUUGCAUGCUGCAUGGUUGGAGGGGGCAUGUGGUGGGGUUCGGGUGUCACCACCUCAUGUGUACUUCGGAGGAGGUGCGUGGUGAUACGGUAUGGUACAAGCGUUCUGUGUCCUUGAGGAGUCCUUUGAGAGGAAGUGCAAGUGUGCGCCGUGUUCAGCUACCACUUAUUGCGCCGGGAGCGCGUGUGAUCGGGUGUGUUUUGCCUAUAAUAUUCACUACCAUGACUGCCCGGCCGUUGUGACGCGGCUUUGGGCCGGUCUGGAAACCCCUCGGAAGCACCUUUUCGUGAGCAUCGUGAUAGAAUUGAGGAGUUAGGGUUAGCCGUGAUUGAUGCUGCUGGGGGUGAGCUGCCAAGGUAGCGGCGAUGAUGUCCUCGCUGCAUGGGGAAACAUGUUGGGAGAUGCAGUGGCAGGGACAUGCUGUUGUUGCUGGCAUGGGGGUUUCUCCAGGCCAUGGCGGUCGAGAACGGCGCGCAUGUGAUGGGUCCGCAGUAGAGAGCGGACGUACUGUACGGCGGGAGUUGUUGGCGGAAGUACGGAAAUGUUGGGAUGUGCGGGGGGGGGGAAGUCUGGCAUCCUUGUGUGGUGCCUUCCCGGAUGCAAGGAGCCUUAUCAUCGCGCUUUGGGAAUGCAGGGCUACUUGGUGGAGGCGUGAAGACCUGGUCACCCGGCGGCGGUG